AUUGUGACCUCGACUUCUCUUCACGAUGAGAUGGUUCGAUUAUUGAUUUGUUUGUUUGCUUGUAUGUUUGUUAAUUUUCCACGAGAAUUCCUACUAUGAUGUUCACCGAAAAGAUACGAAAAGAUACUCGAAGCUCUUCACACCUCAGCUCUUUAUACCUUGGUAUAUACGAUGGUAUACAUCUCAUCACGAGUUAUCCAUCCAUACCCAGGUACACAUAUACAUAUCCUUACACCGAGAUUGAGAUGGCAAUGCCGAUGCUAUUCGUAUGCGUAAUUCAUUCAACCGUCAGACCGCCAGUCAACAGUCAUACCAAACCCCCCAGACUCAAUAUUUGACUCAUCGUCUUAUCGAUAUCAAACGAAAUACCUGGGUACCUAGGCAAAAGGGCAAAAACAAACCAAGAAACCUCACCUGUCACCUCAGCUGAAAACAUGGAAGCCUCGAAAACAAUCAACCCGGAUUCAUGCAAGGCAUCAAUAAUCAAUCAUCACUCAUCAUUCACGUCACCUUCUUGGAACCGUUUUCCCCAUCUUCUCGUAUCCUCUCGUAUCGUAUGUACCGUUCUACCAUCCAGAACUUUCCGCAAAUCUCCAUCCCUCUUGUUUGUCUUUCCUGCCUGUUUCAAAAAAUGCCCGAUGGAAAGCCACAAGGGAAAAUGAGGGAGGGGCCCGAAGGAAAACGAAUGGCUGUGCUCUCUCGUACUUCCAAGCUUCACCAGUGCCUCCACAUCCUUUCUACCUUCUUUCUACAUUCGAUCAAUUCUUCUGGGCUGUGUCAAACAAAGCAAUGCAUCAUAGGAAAUACUCCAUUUCCACUUCCCGAUCAUGACUGCUCCGCCGACGGGAGCCUUGAGCUUAUUUCCUUUAAUUUCCCUUUUCACGGUAUUCCAUAUCCGAGUUUCAAGGCCGACGUCACCAUCCAACCUCGAUUCCUCUCAUGGUACUUGGAUGAAACUAUUCACCGAACUGUCAUUGUCCAUUAGCUUGGUGACUCAUGGGAUUGAAAUGUCCAUUUUGAGUCAAAUACCUCAUCCAAAGGCAGCCACCCAUUGGGUAGAUGGUUCAAACUGUCUCCGUCCUCAACAGGUAGAGUGGGCAAUGUCCUUGUUGGGCUUCUCUGUCAAUGAUUUUGCCUUCUUUUGGAAAGCUGCUGUGUACAACAGGUAACAAUUGAAUGAUUUCAUUAGUCAAUUUCUCUGUUUCUCUUGCAUCUAUAUAAUAAGUAUGAUGUUUCUCUUUUUGUUUGCUUUUUCAUUUGGUCAAGAUUAACCAUUAGUUUGAUUAUACGGAAUUUGAAACAAUACUACAAUACUCCAUUCUACGCCCUAUACACCUCAUACGCCCCAUACGCCCUUCUACGAUACAACAAAGUCAAACUUUCGCCUCGCACAUCAAGUACAUAAAGAUUCCGAAAGUACCUAUCCGAAGAACCUCAAAUGUCAUACACUGGCUCUCGUGGAUACACAUACACACAAAGAACUACUGUCAUACAUCAUCGGGAAUCUUCCCCAAGAGAUUCGCAACACUCGUACGAAACUCGUUCAUCUGAUUAUUACUCCGGAUCAAACUCAAAUAUGUCGGGACGUUCUUCAAGCAGUGGGCAAGGUUAUGGAUCUAGAGGAAGUGGUGGAGAACAAAGUGUGAAAUAUAGAGAUUCUGCUGCAGAUAAGAAAUAUAUUGAAGGAAAAACAUCAAGAAGUGGACACAACCAUGUCAUCAAUCAUGGAGAUAGUCAUAAACACUACGAUCCUGCAGAACCGAGGGCAGGUGAAGGCAGAGAGAGUGAUUAUAAUUCAGCACGUUAUGAGAGACAUGAAAGAGAGAAAUUGCGAACAUCGGUAUCUCGUCGUUGAGUAGAAUGACCUUAGGUGCAUGAGUGGCGAUUUGGAGUGAGGCGGGAAAAUGAGGCUAAGCGACGCCACGGUGAAGGCUACAAGGCGGAUUGUUUUAGGGGUUAGUGAGAUGAUGGGGGGGUUCCAUUAUGGUUUGUACCUUUGGUAUUGAUGGGGAUACUGUUUCUACAAUUGGUAUGUGUAUGGAUAUGGGAAUAGGCAUAGAUGGCGUUAAGAGAGAUUUGAAUGGAUAUAGUUCUUGAUUGGGAUUGCGGGGUAUUUGUACGAGUUUGGGGUGGGAUAUAUGGGAUGGGAUAAGAUGGUUUACACUCAUGUAGUUUUUUUAUUUAGGGAUGGAAUGGAGAAUCGGAGGAUAGAGAUGUUUAUCUAGGUAUUGAACAUAUCA